AUGAUUUCUAGGACCUGGCAGAGGCUGAAGUGUUCUUGGGUUAAAAGGGUUUAUACUCAACUUUAUUCCCACAGUGGCAGGCCAAACGCUAAAAUCCAACUCAGAGCAAGUCUGCUUGCAGCAAGCUGGUCCCUGCCUCUGGGCCUCUCUGCCCCCACAGCCGUCUCAGUCUCUGUCCUGGGCGCUGCCACCACUCCACCCUCUGCUCUCCUGCAGCUGUGUAGCCCAGAGCACAGUGCUUGUAAUCUAAGCUCUUGGUGCCCACAAGUCCCUAAAUGUUACAAGAAAUGCAGUAUUUGUUUCAGUAAGCUGAAUAAUGUUUGUGUUUUCCCAGAGUGUACAACCUCCUCUUCAGUGUCCAAGAAGCCUCGGUUAGACCAGAUCCUGGCCACCAACCUCCAUGUGGAUGACCCUCUAACAGAUGAGGAAGAUGAAGAUGAAGAUUUUGAAGAGGAGAGUGAUGAUGAUGGUGCUGCAGCUCUACUUGCAGAACUGGAAAAAAUUAAAAAAGAAAGAGCUGAAGAGCAGGCCAGGAAGGAACAAGAACAGAAAGCUGAAGAAGAAAGAAUUUAUAUGGAAAACAUUCUGAGUGGAAACCCUCUCCUUAACCUUACAGGCCCAUCCCAGCCUCAGGCCAAUUUCAAAGUUAAAAGAAGUUGGGAUGACGAUGUUGUUUUCAAGAACUGUGCAAAAGGUGUAGAUGAUCAGAAGAAAGACAAAAGAUUUGUAAAUGAUACACUGCAAUCAGAAUUUCACAAAAAGUUCAUGGAGAAAUAUAUUAAGUAGUACAGUUUUAUGUGAUUUACAGUUUUAUGAUACUGUAGAAUGUACACGGUCAUUCGGACUUUAUUUUGGUGGUGGGUUUUUUUUUUCUCUUUUCCCCCAUCUAAGUUUUGUAUAGGCUUUCCUAAUUUUAAGGUCCAAAAUAUCUUUUCCUUUAUUAAUACCUUAUUUGAUAAUGACUUGGGAAUUGGUUUAACCCAGUUUCUGGUCUCUGAAUUUUUCCAUUUAUGUUUUCUUUUUAAUAUAGGCAAGGGAAUCUGCCUGGAAUAAAUACUUUUAAUAGUCUAAAUAACCGUAUCUGUACCCAGCUUUUUUGUUGAAAUGUAUGCUGCUUAUGACACAUUGCGUAUUUUCUUUGUGUAUUAUAUUUCCUUGUGCAUUACCUUCUCUCCCCAUUUCUCUGACAUUGGCUUAAGGUUAGUUAAUUUGUGAUAUCUUCUCCAGGUUUUCUAAGACUAUGAUGGACGAUGGAAGGGAUCCCAUUUUGAAUCACAUGUUGGUAUGGAAGUGUCAUCAACCACCAAGCUGCUUCAGUGGGUGCCCAAGGAUGGGAUGGGGUACCUCACCUCACUUGUGCAGGCAUUUCUU